ACCGCCUGACCCUUAACGUUAAACCUUAUACAUAUGUAUACUUUCAAUCCCAUUCCACUUUAACUUGCCGAACCUAUCUUGAAGAACAAAACAUACCUAGGGUAACCACAGGCUCUGAUUAAUUAAUCUCGGAUACUCGAUCUGGAGUAGCUGGCAUGGGCUUCCUCCGUAAAGUGCUGACCGGGAAAUUCCCCGGCAGCCGUCGAAGGCGGAGCGAAGCCGAGCACCGGGAACACGAAGAUGCAGAAGGAGAAUUCCCGGCUGCUGCUGUUCGCCGCCACGCGCUCGACACCCUUCCACGACUGCCGACCCCGCGCCGCCCGAUCACGCCCAUCCCGGCGGACCCACAGCAGCAGCAGCAGCAGCAGCAGCAGCAUCCCCCUUGCUACUUCUUCCGCCUGCCGCCCGAGAUCCGCCUGCAGAUCUACCGUCUCCUCCUCACCGGCCGCGAGAUCCACCUGGACAUGCGGUACACGGCGGCCGAUACGACCACGCCCCACUCCAUUCGCGGCGCCUCGCUGUCGCCCCACGGCCGCCGCUGGCGCUGGCACGCCUCCACCUGCCACCGCCACCCGGCCGCACACCCCCUCGCCGACCGCUGCACCUGGGGCGGCGGGCUCCCGACGGCCUGCCACCUCUACCGCCCCACCCGCUCCCCGCAGCACGAGCAGCACCAGAAGCACCAGAAGCGGGAGGGGGAGGAGCAGGACGAGGGGGAGGGAGACAAGGAGGAGGAGGAGGAAGAGGAGGAAGAGGAGGAAGAGGAGGAGGACAACGACGACGACGACAGCGAGUGCCGAGUCGGGCGCGAGGUAAUGGGGCUGCUGCUGGCGUGCCGGCUGACGUACCGCGAGUGCGUGGGGCUGGUGUACGGGGAGAACGUGAUGCACGUGGGGUCCGGGGCGCUGCUGCUGCACACGGAGGCGCUGCUGCCGCGGGAGCGGGCGGCGGCGGUGCGGUCGCUCGUGGUGCGCGUCGCCGAGGAGGCCGCCUGGGACUACGCCGACGAGCACCUCGGCCUCCGCCGCCCGGGGCUCGACGCCUACCACGCCAUGCUCGCCCGCCUGCCGCGCGCCUUCCCGCGCCUCCGCGCCCUCACCGUCGCCCUGCACGGCUCCCUCCGCCGCGGCCGCGUCCGCUGGCGCCAGGGCGAGCGCGAAACACUCGACCCGGCCCAGGUCCGCCACCGCCUGCUCGAGACCAUGGACGCCGUGGUGCGCGGAUAUAAUCAUAAUAAUCAUCAUCAUAAUCAUAAUAAUAAUAACCACGUUGGCGUCCCGGAGCUGGCCGAGUGCGUCCUCGCGCUGGCGCACGACGCCUUCGACCGCGUCAUGGGAGCCGACCGGGCCGCCGCAGACAGGGUCCAAGAGUCGAAGGAGGGCAGAGUCAGCGGCAGCAGCGGGUGGGUGCAGUUCUGGCGGCCAGUGACGGUCGCUCCCGGCGCCCGUGGUGGCGAGGCCGCGCCCGAGACCGGGUACUGGGUUCGGAGGGUCUCUCCCUGGGAAGCCGACGACGACCGCCUCGGCACGGGAUUGUCGUUGUCGCUCUGACCUGGUUUUGCGGAAGCAGAAAGGGGCUUUUGUUUCCGGCAUCAUCACGGCAGGGACUAUUAAAUUGUGCAAGAGACAAAAUCCGUGAAAUUGGGGGUGGGGGGACGUUGCGCCAUGGCACAAGAUACGGUACCCUACGUUAGUGAACCGCGUUGUUGUGAAGGCUACCUUGUAUAUAUUCAUCCUAGGAUGCACAUGUGUGGGCGGGCUUGGGCGCCCUUAUAGCCUACUAUCCUUCCCUAACGGGAGCCGGUUCUCCGUUUUGGGUUCCGAC